CUAGAUUGUUACCUUCCCUUUCAUCAAGGCACAAGAAGCUGGAUACGGUAGAGGUGUUUUUGUGAGCAUUGGUUUUGUGUGUGGUUCUCUUUUCUUAUCCUAAAUAACCCGUAACCUGUGAUCUUUUCCUAAACCCUUCUGCUAUAUAUACCAUGCAUUAUCUUCUUCACGGCCUUCUAAUAUUCUUUGAAUCUCCCUGCAAUUAUAUAUCAAUGUCGGGUCAAGAAAACGGCUUGCAACAAGCCCCGAAAUGGGCCGACUAUAAACUUCCAGACCUGUUGUUCACCGACGCCGUCCAGCAACUUCAUGCUACAAUUGGAAAAGAAUGGGAUGCCCUCAGACAGUCAGCAUGUCAAACAGCAGCCGGGCGAGCUCUCUGGAGACACGUGAUCCAUGACCCUCUAGCAGACUUAUUAGCGGGAGAGACAUACCUAAGAAGCCUUCAUGAGAAGAUAGAGAAAGACUGCAUCAACAAUGCAAGUGAGAUAUCUGGAGUGAUUCUAGCCAUUCGAACCCUCUGGAUAGAUUCGAGACUGGAAGAAGCUCUUCAUCCCUCACAUGGAAAAGAGACCCAGAUUGUUCUCCUUGGUGCAGGAAUGGACGGGAGGGCAUACCGGUUAAGUUGCUUGAAGGAAUGUGAUGUGUUUGAAGUUGAUUUACCUGAAGUCUUGCAAAUGAAAACCUCUCUUCUGCAAGCAGCAGUGGAAUCUACAAAUGAUCACCAAAAUGCGAGGGUAAUAGCAAAAUCCUUAACCAGAGUGGAAGCUGACAUUAAAGGUAAUGACUGGUUGGAAAAACUUAAAGUAUCAGGGUAUGUGCCAGAGAAGAACACAGUGUGGAUUCUAGAGGGUAUCCUCUACUACCUCACUCAUCCCCAAGCAAUGCAGGUACUGAAGAUUAUAGCUGACAAAUGCACAACUACUCGGACAACCCUUCUGGCAGAUUUUAUGAAUAAACCGUCAACUUCACUUUCCAAUUCGCUCUUCCAUUUCUACAGUGAUUGGCCCGAUCAUCUCCUGCCAUCUCUUGGCUUUUCUCAUGUUACACUUUCACAAAUUGGUGAUCCAGAUGCUCAUUUUGGACUCCUUCAUGACCCAUCAAAUUUGUUCAACAAGCUCCGCAACUUGCCUAGGUCGAUACAAACCCACCCAGAUGGAACACCGUGUUGUCGUUUGUAUUUAGUACAGGCUUCUGGCUCCCCAACUCAAACUCUAGAGCCAGCAGAUUUAUCGUUAAAUAUCUCCACAUAGCUCUACACCCUGCAAAGGUUACUACAAAUGCGACCAUGCAAGGGAAUACCUUGCCAUCACUUGUAUCAGGAGAACACCUUGUUCACCCGCUUAAAGAAUACCAGAGAAGAUCAACCAUCAAUCAUUAUGAAUAUGAGAUACCAUGUGUGUGAACUCCUGAUUGAGGCAUGGGCAUCGUCGUGUUGUAGUCUUGCUUAAGGAAUAUAAUUCCCAUUUGAAAAUUAGAGAAAUAUAUGUCCAAUAUUUCCUCAGAAAUCAUGUUUCUAUAUUAAAAUUACAGUUCAUUAGAAAGUAAAAUUUUCAAAUACGCCAGACUGGCCGCUGGUAACAGA